AUGAAGCGUGUUUUGCUCGAAACCAUUUUUCUCUCAGUGGCAGGCCUCUGGAGACUUGCUGCGAUUAGAACGGUUGAUGCUCAGUGGGGUAAUUCACGGAAUGGCCGCUGGGGAGCGCAUCGGGCCACCGGCGGGGCAACGCUGCCAGCCUCGUUUGGAAGCGGUUCCUCACGAGCGGCGGAGAGUGUGUCUUCCGGCUCGAGGGGGAGUUCGCCGCCCCUGAUACUCCCUUCCUCAACGGCAGCAUCUGGAGGGACAACGUUCUCGCCGUAUGCUGCCCGGACGGUUGCUGCGCCGGGUCGUGGCCCCGGCACUCCAUUAGCAUCUGCUGGGUAUACAACCACGCCGCCUCUCUUGACACCCUCCUCAACACGACAAGGUCCGGUCACUUACCCGUCCACUUUGGAGCCUUUCCCUUCUCCAGGAACAUCGACAACCUUAAGUCCAGUAGCGUCAGCCUGGGCUCCACGACCGUCACCGUCAAGCACCACAGGCACCGCAGAAUUCUCUAGUUUCCCCCAAGCUAAUCCGCGUCCUGCGUGGAGUGCGGGGUCGGUGGCCCCGUCCUCUACGGCUAAUCGCUCUUCCGAGACUUUCUUGAGCAUGCCGCCACAGGGUCUCACGAGUUCCUCGACAGGGCUAACUCCAAACAACGCGUGGAGUCCCACUGCCCCUGUCAGUGCCGGCUCCAGCGGAGACUGGAGCAUACCGACUUCUGGUUCUGGACCGUCGGAGAACCAGACGCCCCCCCUCGCCACACAUCCUGUAUUUACGGAGUCACGUUUAAGCGCAACUCAUGGUACCAGUGAAAUGAGUACCUGGGGAAUCCCAACGGUCGCCACAGGCGGCGGUUCAAGGGUGCCUUGGACCGGCAUGUCGCUACCCAACCGAACCGACGUAAGCUGGAGCAGCGCUGUGGCCUCAACUCCAAGGGCCUCGCUGCCAAGUAACAGCAAUGAUGCAAGACCUCAGUCACAGCUCGUUGGCACAGCAUCCCAAAGUGUGCGCACUGAGGCCAUCCCACAGGCUUCAUCAGAAUAUACCGUUUCCCGGAGUUCGACAGCCAACACUGCACCGACGUCAAGCCAUACUGACCAACAGGGAGGGGCAGACUGGAUCACGAGCUCGAGUAGAGCGUCUUGGAGUGACACAAAUGGAACCGUUCCCUCUCAGCCCACUGACUCUGGGAGAGGCGUCACUGAUCGUGAUAGGCGGACUUCUGCGAGCUCAAGCGAAGGACAGGCAACCGUACAUGAAUUGCCCACAAACACACCGUUUCCCAGUGGAGGAACAACAAACGGGACAAGCAGCGGUGCAGCACGAAGUUCCGCCGGCAGCAUAGACAGACGGCCAUGGGAGGCGACAGAAUCGGCGACGUUUCCAUCCUCUCACAUUAGCGACAGAAGUCAGAGGUCGGCACAUUAUGGUUCCACCAAUUCAGUUAGGAACAGUGACGCAAGCAUGUCGACGGAAGCAUCAGAUUAUGCAUCAAACGCACCAAGAAACAACGCUUUUUCGUGGGGGUCCGCGUCGUUGAAUGAUGUGACUACCGAGACAGCAGCCAGCACCUCAAAUCACUUGACCGGGGGGGAUUCCAACAGCCCAAUCGCAUUCAUGCCAGGUACGAACUCAAGCAGUGGCUUUGGUUCGGUAAGUCCUUUGGAGGGGCCACUGGUACGCCCCAUUCCAUUUUCCACUAACACAAGUGGAGACGUCGCCACCCCGGGAGGUUUCAGGUUAGCUGAUUCGAGUGAGUUUUCCAAUGGAGGAGAGACAAUCAGUUCGACAACCUCUCCAACACAGCAACUUUCAUCUCCGCUCGAAAGAUUGAGUCCCGUUUCAGACCGCUCAGCUUCAACAACUAGUCCGAGUUCAUAUGGGCUCAGUACACGUGGCACCACAGCCAUGGAGCCACGCGAGACGCGGCAUACUGGACUAAACUCGGAGCGAGCGUCGUCCCCUUCACUGGCGGCCGUCGAAACGGAUACAGUAUCGUCUCCUGGGCAGUCGAUAUCGUCGGGUAACUCAGAAGGUGCUCGUUAUGACACAGUGGAGAGCCGGGUUCCAGGUGUGGCAGCAGAUUCAACGUCACAUGCUUCUUCCCCCAACGCACCUAACGGCGCCUGGACCCGCGUUCCCAAUCAGCUCUCUGGAUCCCCGGCAAGUUCGGCUGAAACUAUUGGCCAAGAAGCCUCAAAUCUUUUUCCCUCUCGACACGCACUGGUUGACCAUCUCGCAGCUUCUGAGGGUAUCCUCCCCUCCAACCAGGCAAGCGACGAAGAGCGAGGCUCGCCGAAACAAGGAGCACAGCAGACGUCUCACGUGUACAGAUGUCACGACGAUUCCCAGUGCGUAGAGAGGUCAGGGAUGAUCCCUUCACAAAACGACGGAAACGUGACAACCCUGCCGGCACUUCCAAGCUCUGUUGUAAUGGAAUCCAAUCCGAAUUCGCAAACGAAUGAUGAAGACACCCUGGGAUUCCAGCGAGCUGGGUACAUACCUCCUUCUGCUUUUCAAUUAAACGGAACUGGUGCAAGUGGAAGUAGAGCGGAACAUGGACACGAGAAAAUCGGUCAACAACCACGAGCCCCCGGUGAACUGCUCUACGGAGAGUUGAAUGACUACUUGGAAGACGCAGAAGAUCCCUAUGCUGGCCAGCUCGGUGCUCUGUCCAGAGCACCGGACCAGGACAAUUCCCCUACCGUUUCCACCACCACGACCUCUCCGCCGUACACAUAUCCACCUACAUACAAUCCCUACAGUGACAACAUUGAUGUCGAUAAGAUUCCCGACAGCCCGUAUCAUAACUAUGCCUACGCAGAGGACCCCUUUCCCAGCCCUUAUAGCACACAUUCCCGUCUAGAGAACUACGGAGCUGAGUUUAACAAUAGGUAUUAUCAUGAGCGCCGCAUCGCCCCCAAUAUCUCGUGGGGCGACUAUACGCAGAGAAAAAAGGCAUUAGACGAGGCUCGCAAACGCGAAGAGCAGCUGUUGCAAGAAGGGCGAAUUGGCGUGCUGGACACUUCAGACACGCCCUUCCAAGGCCUGAUUGGCUACCCUUCAGAAUUCCGUCGCACGCCAACCCACAACUCUUGGUAG